CAUAAAAUCGUAAUCACCACAUACUUCUUCUCACUUGUCGUCUGCGAAGGCUGUGAGAGGACAAUAUAACCGACGGUGUAUUCACUCUGACCCUGUAUACUGUCAUUCAAAUACGGUAGUAUAUUUUUUUAAGAUGGUGAUUCUUGAAUGCCUUGAAUGCAACGCAGUUUAUUAUAAGUACAACAGACAUGAUUGUUGACGUACGCAGUCAUUUUUAGUUGGUUACAAUAGGCGAUGACUGCAAGGAUCUGUUGUCAAAUUCCCGCCAGAAAAUAUAAUUUUCUGCUACAAAUCCAACCUAGAAGCUAGCUGGCGUUGCUGUCACCAAACAAACCACAACAAGUACACUGUGCAACGAAAAACACGGCCAUGGCUCGCGGUCUUUGUUUCAGAUUUAUAUGUUCUAGAUUCCGAUCUAGGAAGAUUAUAUAUUUUAUAUCUGUAAUCAUAGCGACAAUUUAUAUGAUCAGUGAUCUUUCCUACAUUCAUCAGAAUGUCGAAACAAUAAGCCUUUCUCAACCCAAUGAAGGCAGUGUACUUCACAAAACAAGCCGAGAAAAUUUUACGACGAAAGAAUUACGUUAUCCACACGUAACGAACAAGAGUACUACUGUGACAGAAGGAAUUCACGUCGAUUGGAGAAUUGGAGUCGAAAAGAAAUUCCCCUGGGUCAUCCGUCAGAAGUAUUUAGUAAAUUACUAUAUAUACAUUGCAAGAACGUUGAACGCCGAACAUGAAAGAUACAAGUCUGCGUCGUUAGUAUUUUUGCAUCACAACAAGGCUGCCGGCACCACUGUUAAAACCUGUCUUUCAGUUUUGGCCAGUGCGGAGACUCUACGCGUCGGACCAGUUAUGGCAAGCCAGACCCGUGUUAGUUUCCACACGUCGGAAGUACGCCGAAACCGCUACGCUAACUCCAGGAUAUUUAUGGGUGGUUACUCAUUUGGUGUUUGCGAUGAACUCAAUCUCACAGACAGGUCAUGUUCAUAUUUCACGUUUUUGCGUGACCCUUACGAACGCAUCAUCUCAUCAUACGAGUAUUGCAAAAGGGCGCGAUCCGAUCAGCUCUGUUCCGCACUGAACGCUAACGAGGUAACACUAAAACAAUGGGCUAAACAUCAGGGGAAUUUUUUCUUUCGGCAAUUAUUAUUUGAACCAGGGUUUUGUCAGAGACACUACGACAGUUUUAUUGAUAUCGACUCUGAACUGCACGACGAUAAAUGGUCUAGUCGAAAUAAGGGUUCACUUUCUUGUUGGUUUCGAGAGAAGCUAAUCUUGCAAAACUUGACCACUAUCACAGAUCGCAAGCUUCUCCUCUGGUACGCACUGGACAAACUAACAAGUUGGUUCGCUGUUAUAGGCUUGGCGGAAGAAUACGAACUGUCUAUGCAACUGUUAGAAGGCGCGUACGGACUACCUUUCAAUAAAAUGUGCGGACGAAUGAAGCGUAAUUAUAACUUAUACCAGCAGUCAAAUGAAACUGAUAGUACGAAAACACAAACUGUAAUGGAAAUGAAAAAUGAACUAAUGGCCGACAAUGACGUCAAGGAGACGUUAUAUUACGAUUUACAGAUAUAUGAAAAAGCUAAAGACAUAUUCCGACAACAAAAAGAAUCUUACUUCGAAUUGCACGGUGAACAUAAUCGACAAUAAUAUAUUUACAUGCCUUGCAGUUCACAAGUUAA